AUGGCAUACGCAAAGUUACAGGAGAUGCCAGCCGACCGGACCGGGCAGAAACGCGCGAAGUCAGAAGACGCAACGACUCCAACGUCUGAGCAGUACCAAGAGAAAUUUCAAGAUCUGUUCAGUCGGUGUUUCAGUGCCGAAGAGAACGAUGGGGAGGAACAUAGUGGGUUCGACAGAGGCGAAGAUCGCAACUACAUUUCACAGAGGCUCGGGGCGGUUUCUGAUAGCUCCGCUGCUGUACCGAACCUCACAGGAGAUGCGGCCAGCAGCGCACAAGGCGGCUUGGCAGAGCACGGCGAUCUAUCCCGCCAGCUGCACAACCUGAUUUCCAGCAACUCGGAGCUGGGCUCCCGACUAUUGUCUUUGCUCCUGGUGAGCAGCGGGAACGCUAAGGAAAUCAUUUCUGCGGUCAACAAGGGCGACCUCGAUGGCCUCAAAAAGCUAAACCUAAAAAAGUCGCAGCUACAGCGGCCCAAGUACACUGAGGAAGAGCUGCAGGAGUUUCAGAAGAUAGAGAUGGAGAAAAGGCGGAAGAACACCGAAGCUUCAGCAAGGUUUCGUAUUCGCAAAAAGCAACGAGAACACGAGAAGGUCGAGAAACUGAAACAACUUCACUCUCAGAUUUCUGAGCUGUAUGUAACGAUUGACAAACUCCUCGAUGAAAACAAAUUCUGGAAACAGAAGCUUGAGGAGGUCAACGAGCAGAAGUCUAAAGAGUUACUGGAAAGCAUAAAAAAGCGCAGGAAUAGCAGCGAUUGA